CAUGGAUUUGACAGUUGAGGGUUUCCUAUCGUGGAUGUGGCGAGGCCUGACCUUCCUUCUACCCUUCCUGUUCUUUGGUCAUGUUUUCAUGUGUGGCUGCUCCUACCUCGUGUUAUUCAUGGAAACUUUUCCACCACACUUGGUGUGGUCUACCAUAAGUACAUCCACAACCAAGACACGUCCAAGAGCCUAUAAGACUGGAAGAGAAAGAUAACUGGACAUUGUUACGAACCCAACUAUUUACUCAAAAUAAUAUAUGCCAAAGGUGUUUUAUACUAAUGUACUUUUUGUCUAUUUUAUACAGUUGUCUUGUAAACCAUGUAAAUUUUUCUGUUGCACCUUCUUAUCAAACGUGUUUCGUUUCUUGUUUAAUUUCUGAAACACAUUGUUCUUUGUUCUUCUGAGAAAUGCAGAUUGUCACUUUCAGCAUCACCCAAGAUUUAAUGGUGUGUGAGAUUACGAGAAUGGGUCGAGAAAUUACAGGCCAUGCACUGACAAUCACUAAACUGUGUGUACAUAUUCAGCUGUGUCAAGAAAGCUCACUCUGCAAUAAUAAGACACUAGCUGAACCUGUGCUUUGUUCAUUUUGUUUAAAUGUCUCAUUAUGAGACCGCAACGUGCAUUACUACUGGUAUGUUAGGGAUAUUUGACAGCAUUACUUUCUUCUUCUUGAUUGAUACUAUUUUGUGGAUGGAUAUUAUUCUUCAUGAUGAUUUGAUAUGGCGGCUGAUAUCAAAAUGAGCUCUAGGAGUUUUCAGGGACAUGGUGGUAUCACAUUUAACUGAUUCUAUUAUAUAUAGCAUAAUGUACAUAAACCACGAACACGUGAGAGGCGUGGCGCAUGGUCGCACAAUAAUGACGUAGAGGAAAUUAGACUCCGAUAUUGUGCUGGGUACAGUCAGGAGCAGUUUGAAGUCCUCUCUCUGCCCUGGCUGCAGCCGGUGUUGACCUGUCAGACAGCGAGUGGCCCCAUCGAGGACAUGGAGGUAGAGCAUGUAGCCCCGGAAGGCCCUGACGUGGCCCCUGUGGAGGAGGAACCUCUCUUCACUAACUUGGACAUAUUCCUUUUUUCUCUCAUUGUUGGCCUACUCAUCUACUGGUUCCUUUCUCGCAAGAAGACUGAGGAGACCAUCCCAGAGUUCAAGAGGCUCACCCCUGUAGUCACUCUGCAGCGAGAAACCAGCUUUAUUGAAAAAAUGAAGAAAACGAACAGGAACAUGGUGGUUUUCUACGGCUCUCAGACGGGCACGGCUGAGGAGUUCUGCGGCCGACUGUCCAAAGACGCCCAGCGCUACGGAAUGAGAGGCAUGUCAGCUGACCCCGAGGAAUAUGACAUGUCGGAGCUGCCUCGUCUUGCGGAGAUCGACAACUCCCUGGCUGUGUUCUGCAUGGCCACCUAUGGGGAGGGGGAUCCCACAGACAACGCUCAGGACUUUUACGACUGGAUGCAGGAGAACGACGAGGACCUGAAAGGAGUCAACUUCGCGGUGUUUGGCUUGGGGAAUAAAACAUAUGAGCACUUCAAUGCAAUGGGAAAGUAUACUGACAAGAGACUAGAAGAGCUGGGUGGCAAGAGGAUCUAUGACCUGGGAAUGGGAGACGACGAUGGCAACCUUGAGGAAGACUUUGUAUCAUGGAAGGAGCAGUUCUGGCCUGCUGUGUGUGAGCACUUUGGGGUGGAGGCCACAGGAGAUGACACCAGCAUCCGGCAGUACGAGUUGGUGGUUCCAACUGACAUCAACAUGAAUAAGGUGUACACUGGGGAGAUGGGUCGCCUCAAGAGCUUUGAGACCCAGAAACCGCCUUUUGAUGCUAAGAACCCCUACUUGGCCACAGUGGCUGUCAACCGCCAGCUGAACCAAUCCGGCGACCGCCAUCUGAUGCAUAUAGAGCUGGACAUCUCAGGUUCCAAAAUCAGAUAUGACUCUGGAGACCACGUUGCUGUUUACCCCGUUAAUGACGUGUCAAUAGUGAACAGAAUAGGCCAAAUCCUGGAUGCCGACCUGGACACUGUUAUCUCUCUCAACAACCUCGACGAGGAGUCCAAUAAGAAGCACCCGUUCCCGUGUCCGACCACAUACCGCACAGCUCUGACCCACUACCUGGACAUCACCAACCCCCCUCGCACCAACGUACUGUUUGAGCUGGCCCAGUACGCCACCGACCCCAAGGACCAGGACACCCUGCGCAAGAUGGCCUCCGCCUCCCCCGAGGGCAAGGGUCUGUACCAGAGCUGGGUGCUGGAUGCCCAGAGGAACAUCCUGGCUGUGUUGGAGGACAUGCCGUCCCUCCACCCUACCAUAGACCACCUGUGUGAGCUGCUGCCCCGCCUACAGGCUCGCUACUACUCCAUCGCCUCCUCUGGCAAGGUGUAUCCCACCAUGGUGAGCAUAUGUGCGGUGGUGGUGGAGUUCCAGACCAGCACAGGGCGGACCUUCAAUGGUGUGGCCACCAACUGGCUGAAGAACAAGGUUGUGGUGACGGACAACGGCCACAAGGCCACUGUGCCCAUGUACGUCCGCAAGUCCCAGUUCCGGCUUCCCUUCAAGGCCAGCAACCCGGUGGUGAUGAUCGGGCCCGGCACGGGCAUCGCCCCCUUCAUGGGCUUCCUCCAGGAGAGAGGCUGGAUGAAGGAGCAGGGGAAGGAUGUCGGCGAGACGAUACUGUACUUCGGCUGUCGCCGCAGAAACGAGGACUUCCUGUACCAGCAGGAACUGGAGGAGUUUGAGAAGGCGGGCGUGCUGACUCAGCUCAACGUUGCCUUCUCCAGAGACCAGGAAGGGAAGGUGUAUGUGCAGCAUCUCCUGAAGAAAAACAAAGAACAUCUGUGGAAGCUGAUCCAUACUGACAAUGCUCACCUCUACAUUUGUGGGGAUGCUCGGAACAUGGCACGGGACGUGCAGAACACCUUCUAUGACAUCGCUGAAGAGGUCGGAGGCCUCACACACACACAGGCUGUGGCCUACAUCAAGAAGCUGAUGACUAAGGGCCGCUACUCUCUGGAUGUGUGGAGCUAAAGAAGAUGAAGCUUACUUGCAGGACACCCUCACAACCCCCUAGAUGUUACCCCUCACCCAAAUGAAAUAGGUUAACGGUAAACACCUUUUUAAACAGUUUUUGGAGGUAACACGUCAGCACCUAAUCUCUAAAUGGAAAGACUGAUGUCUCUAUGUCUGAGUUUUUGUUGUCCUUAUUAUUGGAUUUGUUUGUAAUCUUACUGAAAGCCUUUUGUGGGGACUCGUACUGAGAAGUAGUGCUGUUAAUUUAGGAUUGUUUGGGAAUUGGCUCAUACUCUAACUUGACCCCUAACCCCCAGGUCUUUCAUAUAGAUUUGGUCUACAUUCUCCUUUAAGGUUAUGGGGGGAAAAAACAUCUCUCUUGUGGAAUAAAUCAAUAGAUUUUUUUAUUAAGAGUGCAGGCAGACCUUCAUCGUUUCACAUCAGAUUAGAAAAGUUGGAGAUGAUAAUUUACAGUACCAGUCAAAAGUUUGAACACCUCCUCAUUCAAGGGUUUUUCUUUAUUUUAAAUAUGUUCUACAUUGUAGAAUAAUAGUGAAGACAUCAAACUAUGAAAUAACAUAUAUGGAAUCAUGUAGUAACCAAAACAGUGUUAAAGAAGAAUCUAAACUAUUUUUAUUUGUUUAACACUUUUUUGGGUUACUACAUGUUUCCGUAUGUGUUAUUUCAUAGUUUUGAUGUCUUCACUAUUAUUCUACAAUGUAGAACAUAUUUAAAAUAAAGAAGAAAAACCCUUGAAUGAGGAGGUGUUCAAAAUUUUGACUGAUACUGUAAAUUAUCUCCAACUUUUGUACACGUUGUUUUUGCUAAGUGAAACUAGGUGAAAACAGAGGUGAUUAUGAAAUUAAAUAUUGUGUCAGGACGUUUAUCAUGCUGUGAAGAUCCCCACAAGCAUUUUUUUUCUUGUAUAUUAACUCAUUUCAAAUGUAAAGCAUUCUAUAUUUUCCAUCUGUAAAUGUAUUUACAAAUUCAGAUGCUCUAGGAAGGUUGUGUAAACUUGUAGCGUAUUCAUGUUGUAUCAUGUACUGUUAAAUUUGUACAUUUAAAUUUCAGUAACUAUUUAGUAAUUGAGCCUUGUUCUUCAUCGGUUCAUUCAAGAAUAGGUCUUAGAUUAAGUGGUGGUCAACUGUAAAAAUGUCCAGGUGUUUUUUUUCUUCUCACGCUCUCUGACUGUAAGGCUUAGUGCCAACUAGUUACGUUUAGAUGGAAACUACAACAGCAUUUAGGCAAUGCAAUAUGUGUUGGUUAUAUGUCCACUUGCAGUACAAAAUGAAUCCGUCUACUAACUGUCAUUUAUGUGUGUUCUGAUAUCACUAAUUCUGGGAUGUGUACAGUAUACACUGAUUGUACAAAACAUUAGGAACACCUUCCUAAUAUUGAGUUUCCCCUGCCCUUUUGCCUUCAGAACAGCCUGAAUUUGUUGGGGCAUGGACUCAACAAGGUAUCAAAAGCAUUCCACACAGGGAUGCUGACCCAUGUUGACUAAUGCUUCCCACAGUUGUCAAGUUGUCUGGAUGUCUUGGUUGGUGGAUAAUUCUUGAUACAAAUGGGGAAACUGAGUGUGAAAACCCCAGAAACGUUGCAGUUCUUGACACAGUCAAACUGGUACACUUGGCACAUACUACCAUAUCCCAUGUAAAGGCACAAGUCUUUUAACUUCCCCAUUUACCCUUUAAAUGGCACACAAACAAUCCGUGUCUCAAUUGUAGCAAGACUUAAAAAUCCUUCUUUAUCGUGUCUCCUCCCCUUCAUCUACACUGAUUUUGAAGUGGAUUUAACAAGUGACAUCAAUAAGGGAUCAGAGACAGACCUGGUGAAUCCAGAUGAAAGCUAUGUCAUGGAAAGAGCACAUGUUCCUAAUGUUUUGUACACUCAGUAAGUAUUUUAUCUCGGUGUCUUUCUAUGCUGAUGGUUGGAGGUCUAAUACAAAAUAUUUACUUAAACGUGAGGUUCUGCUGAACAUUAACUGUAUGAAGUGGAUGAUAUAAGGGUGAUGUUCAGCAGUCCUUUUGGUGUUUAUUUUAAUAGAGAAACCCCUAAACUAUUGUAGUGAUAUGGCAGGGUUCAUGUUUUCAUUUGUGUGCCUUUGAACUUUUUCUCUUGCAUUACUGAUAUUGAAUAAUGUGUUCCAUCAUGACCUGUUACAUGACUUUUACCACUUGAUCCAGUUGUUUAUGCAAAAUAGCUAUUUGUAUAUAAACAGUAUAACUUGAAAACAUGCAUUUGUAAAGAAAUAAUAAUCAUUGAUUUGCUAUA